ACGUCGCAUACCGGACGGGAACUGACGUCACUCGCGAGCAUCGUUACUUCCGGCUCGCGUGAGUGGUCUUCGCGCCGGUGGCGGGCUUGGGGUGGUGUCGGCGCGCGGUGCGGCGCGUUUUUCGCAAGUCGACCAACCUUCUCCGGGACCAUGGCCACCGACUCUUGGGCCCUGGCGGUGGACGAGCAGGAAGCGGCCGUCAAGUCGAUGACCAGUUUGCAGAUCAAGGAAGAGAAAGUUAUACCAGAUACCAAUGGUGUUAUCAAAACCAGUACCACUGCUGAUAAAACAGAUGAAGAAGAGAAAGAGGACAGAGCUGCCCAGUCCUUACUCAACAAGCUGAUCCGAAGCAACCUUGUGGAUAACACAAACCAAGUGGAAGUCCUGCAGCGGGAUCCAAACUCCCCCCUCUACUCAGUGAAGUCUUUUGAAGAGCUUCGGCUGAAACCACAGCUUCUUCAGGGAGUCUAUGCCAUGGGCUUCAAUCGACCGUCCAAGAUACAAGAGAACGCGUUACCUAUGAUGCUUGCUGAACCCCCACAGAACCUGAUUGCCCAGUCUCAGUCUGGCACUGGUAAAACAGCUGCCUUUGUCCUGGCCAUGCUUAGCAGGGUGGAACCAGCAGACAGAUACCCCCAGUGUCUGUGCCUCUCCCCAACAUAUGAGCUGGCGCUUCAAACAGGAAAAGUGAUUGAGCAGAUGGGCAAAUUUCAUCCAGAUCUCAAGCUUGCUUAUGCUGUUCGAGGCAAUAAAUUGGAAAGAGGUCAGAAGAUCAGUGAGCAGAUCAUCAUUGGCACCCCUGGGACCGUCCUGGAUUGGUGCUCCAAGCUCAGGUUCAUUGACCCCAAGAAGAUCAAGGUAUUCGUUCUGGAUGAGGCUGAUGUGAUGAUAGCAACCCAGGGUCACCAGGAUCAGAGCAUCCGCAUCCAGAGGAUGCUGCCCAGGAACUGCCAGAUGCUGCUUUUCUCUGCCACCUUCGAAGACUCUGUGUGGAAGUUUGCCCAGAAAGUGGUCCCGGAGCCGAACAUUAUCAAACUGAAACGUGAGGAGGAGACCUUGGACACCAUCAAGCAGUACUACGUCCUGUGCAGCAGCAGAGACGAGAAGUUCCAGGCCUUGUGUAACCUCUACGGGGCCAUCACCAUUGCUCAAGCCAUGAUCUUCUGCCAUGUGA